AUGGCCAAUCAACAAGUAUUAUGCGCCAAGGCGCUGGGGAGGACAUUGCGACUGCUCAUUUGCCUCCCUGCCAAAGAUCGCUUCAUCCAUGCCGGCGUCUUUGCAACCAAUCUGGGCCCGGUGUUGCGCCAAACCCUGUGCCCCAGCGCCGCCUGCUUCUUAAGAUGCCUCUCUAACCCAUAUCGCCUCGCUCCCUCCACCCGAGCGACAAUGGCCAACCAUCCCCGAAGCCUCUCAGCCAACCCUGCCAUGCUUCUCCUCAGCCACUCUGCCGCUGCCGCCGAUCCUGCCGACAAGGGCAACAACAAUACCCCCACACUCGCCCACAUGCCCGCCCUGCCCAGCACCCUCAGCACCGACGAUCAGCUCUUACCCUGGCCAGACGCGACGCGAGUUUCCUUUUCCAGAUUUCCAUUCGACUCCAUCUCAGGAAAUUCCCACGUGACGAUUUACUCGCAACAUCCGAAGAACCGCACCUACAAAUCUAUCCGCUACUCGAUAACUGGAUACGCUAGACUACACAUACCCUCGACCACCAUGACGGCGCUGACAGAUUAUGAACGACAACGGCUCGAGAACAUUAAGAAGAACCAAUCUUUACUCUCCUCGCUAGCAAUCAAGUCUGUGGGUCCGGCGGCGAAGAAGGGUCUGAAGAAGCCGGCCCCGACGAGCACCCCAGCCACCAAGAAACGGGCUCGCCCAGCGGCGGGCACUACAGACUCGCCGGUUCCUCUCAAGCGCCAUGCCACCCGGGCGUCCGUUCGACUUGGUGGUGCCGGCUUGACCCCCGCCGAGCUCCAAUCGCGCCUCGACAAGCAGGAGGAGGAGCUCGCCUCCGAGCGCCAGAAAAGAGAAGAACUCAAGCACGCCGACCGCCCCUUAGUCGCCGAGCACUUGCGGACCGGGCCCAGCGUGUCGCUCACUUCGACCCUCUUCAGCUCCCUCGCCAGCACCCUUUCCCAAAAAACCAAGACUAUGAAGCAAGAAGAGGUCAACCUUGACUAUUCUCCCGGCACCGAUGCGGAUUACGACCGCUUGGCCGACGCGUUGAACGGCCUGCAGCUGCGAGCACUCAAUAAAGUCUGUCCCAACCGCAUCUACUCGAUGACCUUCCAUCCCGACCGCCGUAAAUCGCUACUCUUCAUGGGCGAGAAACUAGGAGGGGUGGGGAUCUGGGACGCGUUGGGCGCUGAUGUGGUUGUCAAGUCGGAGGAUGUGGAGGACGAGGAUCACGUGUCGACCUCGUCGACGAACACGGCCGACGCGUCGAGCAAGCCGUCCCUCUCGCCGGCCAAGCCCGUUAAAGAAGAGGAGGAAUCGGCCGAAGACGACGAGGAAGACCGGCUGGAGUAUGUGGAAGGCCGGCCAUACUUUAUCCAAGCCCAUGCCCGCAACUCGGCCGUCUCGGCCAUCCAGACGCAUCCAAGCGACCCGCACCUGAUCUACACGAGCUCGUACGACGGGACGAUCCGGGAGCUGAACUUCGAGACCCGACAGAGCACGGAGAUCGUCGAUGGCCCGAUGCUCUCCGACGACGACAUCCUCUUCUCGGCCUUCGAGUUCGCCAACCACGGCCGCGAGCUCUGGGCCUCCGACACCGCCGGCGGCCUCGUCCAUCGCGACACCCGCCAGCCCAAAACGGCCGCCCGACGAUGGACGGCGUCCAAGAAGAAGAUCGGAUGCCUCAGUAUCUGUCCCGGCUCUGGGGACAGACUGGCGGUCACAGCGGGUCUGAACCGCGAGAUGCGGUUGUGGGACCUGCGGGCCCUAUCGGGGCUCCCGCCGACCAGCGAGAUCGGCGAGGUGGAGAGCGGGAGCUGUCUGGCCAGCUACGCUCACGGGCUGGCCUGCUCGUCGGCAUACUUCAGCCCCGCCGGGGACAGGAUCCUGAGCACCAGCUACGACGACCUCGUCCGCGUCUGGGAGAUCAAGCCGGAGACGAGAGACGCCUGGCUCAGCAGCCACCCACCCGACCUCGACCUUGCGCCCGCUUAUCAGGCCAGACACGAUAACCAGACCGGCCGAUGGGUCUCCGUCAUGAAAGCCCGAUGGUGUCCCAACUUGCGCUUCCCGUCCCACUUCACCGUCGGAAACAUGGCCCACAAGCUGGAUGUAUACAGCCCCAAGGGCGAGCUCCUCGCUCAGCUCAAACACCCCGCCUUGACUACCGUCCCCGCCGUCACCGCUCAGCAUCCCACCAGCUCCAACCUCCAGGUUGCGGGCGCUACGGCCGGCGGGAAGGUCUAUCUGUGGACCUGA